AUGGCGCGACUCCAAGCUGUUUACCGAUUGGCGACUUUGUUUGUUGGCGUAGCAAACGCUGCACUUAUUGAUUCCUCCACACUGCAGAACUUCUCAAGUUUGGUGGUCUUUGGUGAUAGUUAUACGGACGACGGACCAGAGUAUUAUACUCCACAGCCAAGUCAGAACCUUUCAACGGUCACUUCAACCGGAGGACGAAUCUGGCCUCAGUACAUCCAGCAGUAUACAGGAAUAAAUCUCUAUGAUUAUGCUGUAUCUGGAGCAGUUUGUGACGCAUACUUCUCGCCCUCGAAGCGGAAUGGAGUGAAACAAAAUCAAGUACCUUACUUCUUGAAAGACAAGGACUACGUUGGUGAUAAUUCACUCGUCAUUCCCAGCAACGAGACGAUCUACGCAAUUUGGAUUGGCACAAACGACCUAGGCCCUUCAUCAUUUUUCACGGACAAUCGGCAGGAUCUUUCCCUUCUAGACUACGUGGACUGCGUCUACGAGCAGCUCGAUACUCUUCACGAGGCCGGCGCACGAAACUUCAUCCUCCUCAACCUCGCACCGCUCAACUACGCGCCGAUGUAUGCGUUGCCCGAGAACGGAGGCACGAUCAACUCGACUUUCUGGAAGGAUGAGGGCCCUGCCUACAGCAGCAACGUGACUCAGGUCAGCGAGAAGAUGCGCCAGUAUGUUGCGCUGCUCAACAGCGUCUAUGACUACCGGACGACAGAAGAGGUUCAGAUCUCCGAUCGCUACCCCAGCAGCUCUUUUACCAUCUUUGAUGUGCAUUCAUUGCUAAGUGACAUCUGGAAUAAUCCUGAAUCUUACCUCAAUGGCACUGUGCCUGCGAACGUGACUUCAACAAUCGUUGCCUGCGCUGUGCCGGGUCAAGGGUCCGGCUAG